UGUAGUGAAUCGCAUUGGUUAUUAUUCGCGAAUCUGCUGCCUUAAUAUUGUUUGUAGAGUACAACAACGUUAGCUGCAAACAGGGUGAUUUACUGCGUAAAAGCCGAGUCAGCGGGACAAUUUUUGCCCCACACUCAAAUAUCCAAAAAUUCGAACCUCCAAAAAAUGGGGGGGAAAACUGCCCUGGCUUUUCAAACUUGGGCCCCACCAAAAAUCGCCGCCAAACCAGAGCAACGUCAACCCAUCGCGACGACAACCCACGGCCAUUUCUGCCAUCCACCGCACCCAUCAUCCGACAAGCCGAACCAGCGGAAUCAAAACAAUCACAUACUCUCAAGAUGGCUACCCUCCAACAGAAGCACGACUGGGCCGACGAUGACGAGCUCGAGGAGACCUCCACCGAACUCCCGCCCCCCCAGAAGAUCACCAACAAGGAUGGCAGCACGACCAUCAUCGAGUACCGCCUGAACGACAACGGCCAGAAGGUCAAGACCACACGACGCAUCCGCUACAUCACCCACCGCGAGGUCGUCAACCCCCGCGUCGCCGACCGCAAGUCGUGGGCCAAGUUCGGCCUCAGCGCCAAGGACGGCGCCGGCCCGGCCCCCGACACCACCUCGGUCGGCGAGAACAUCAUCUUCAAGCCUUCCUUCAACUGGCGCCAGGACGCCAAGGACGAGAGCAAGGACCCCAACGCCCAGGCCAUGAAGGACAAGUUGAAGGACAAGAAGGUCAAGUGCCGUAUCUGCAACGGCGAGCAUUUCACCGCCCGCUGUCCCUACAAGGACACCAUGGCCCCCAUCGGCGAGGCCGGCGCUGCCGCCGACGCCGCCGCCAGUGCCGCUGACGAGGCUGCUGCCGCUUCCCAGGGCGCGGCGGGCGCGGGCAAGAAGGGCUCGUACGUGCCACCUGCGCUGCGUGGCGCCGGUGGGGCCGCGGCUGCUGGAGAGAGGAUGGGCGGCAAGUACGGCGAGCGCGACGAUCUCGCCACUCUCAGAGUUACCAACGUCUCCGAGAUGGCCGAGGAACAAGAGCUUCGCGAUAUGUUCGAGCGGUUCGGUCGCGUCACUCGUGUCUUCCUUGCCAAGGAUCGCGAUACGGGUCUUGCCAAGGGCUUCGCUUUCAUCAGCUUCGCGGAUCGCAGCGACGCUGUCAAGGCAUGCGCCAAGAUGGACGGUUUCGGUUUCAGGCAUUUGAUUCUCAGGGUCGAGUUCGCGAAGAAGGCUGCGUAAAUUGGUCUUUUAGACGGAUGAGGAAGCGCCGGCGAAGAAGAGGAAUGAGGGGGUUAGAGAAGCAGAGAUGUUACGGAUCCUAAUGCGGUCUGUAUAGGGGAGUACGUCACACAAAAAUGGGAAGGACUCCUUGAUGUUAUUACUGCUACGAUCUGGUUUCUGUCCCUUGUUGAUGUUGGAGUUCAUACUAAUGGAGAACGAGCGGCAAAAUUGGUCAUGAUCAAAAGAUUUCCUUUUGCCUUUUAAAAGUACCGGGCAAAGGUGGCUAUCUGAAUUGAUGUCUGGGUGAAGAACCGACUGCGGGUUGAUCAAGGUUGUUGAUUUAGACUGGCAACAUGGUUUAGCACAGGACAUACCAAAAAGCAGCGAAGCUUUUGAGAGUGUGGUGCGGUCUUCUUGUUGAUACAAAGCCCAUGCAUGUGUCAAAUAAGGCGACUCAGCAUUUCUGCCCUUCGA